AUAGUACAGAUGACCUUUAUCAUUGGAGAGGAACUGUUAUGAGGGGGCAAGACAGAUCAGGUUUCUUUGGGGAAAGAUGUAGAUAACCUGCCUUUGGGUUGUUCUACUUUGAGGAAAAAGGAAAAAAGAAGCUCUGAGUCCUGGAACCUUCUGCUCAGAUUCAAUUCCUGUCCUACAGAAAACUUCCUAAGACCACCAACUGCUCUGUAGUGCCAUUGGGGAGGGGAAGAGAUUGGUCUCUCCUAUCUUCUUCCACCCUAUCACUAGGGGAGAAUCCUAACCACAAUUAUGAAAUUCAUUAUUCUCUUCAUUCUCUUUGUGGAUUCAUAUUGCUCUGGUCAUGGAGUUGAGCAAGUUGAAGUUCUUGACCCCUGUGUAAUACAGAUGGAGAGCCAUUUCAAGUCCUGUGAAGGUGUUUUCACCCAGCAGCAAUGCCUGCCAGUAGCUGCUCACUGUUAUGUACGAGAAAUCAAAGUGAUGCUGGGAAAUUCCAUGAGGAGGAUUAAGAAGGGAAAAGAGGAGAUCAUUAAUUCCAGCCAGAUCAUUCAAUGCUACAACUUCAGCACAGAUUUGUCCAGGCUCAUCAUGUGGUCUAAGCCUGAAGUCCUCCAUGAUGUUCAGUCCGUGUCCCUAGCUAUUCAAAAUCUCCCUACAGGUAAACACCUUGGGCUAAAUUUUGAAGCCCCUCUGAUUGGAGAGAAAAAAUGCCAGAAAUUGGAGCUAAGGAAAACCAAGCAGAGUAGGAAAUACUCGAAAAUCUUUAAGUCAUUCAGAAAACUGUGCCUGGAAACCUGGAAGUGGUAUUGGCUGCUGUCAGCUGCAUUGGCAAGAUUCAGAGCAAGAAAGGUUAGGCAUUUCCUGGGGGUCGGUAUCAGUGACAUUUACCACUAUAUCCUCUCAAUCCAAAACAUUUUAUCAACAGGAUGAAUUGCCCCUAUUGUCUCUGGAGCCUUGUGGCUGUUGGAAACAAAAAUCAAUGUGAUCCUGAGUUAUAUUAAAAGGCAUAUCACAUUCAAGGGCACAGAAAUAAUCCUUCCUUGGCAUUGUGUCAUCAUUUAAGUGUAUUGUGUUUAAUUUUUAAUAUCAUCAAGAGAACGAAAAGACGAGAACAAGUUCAAAGAACUGUGGCAAAGAUAUGAAAGGAGUGGAAAACAAGUCAGUCUAAAGAAGGGGUGGCAGAAGUACUGUUUAAUUACCAUGUUCAAGUAAAUGAAGAGUUUCCAUGGGGAGGAUGCUGAUCAGAUGUCCAUUUUGCCUAUGAAGGACAGAGUACAAGAAAUGGAUUCAAGUUGAAAGGGAAGAGAUACUGUUGGAACUAAGGAAGGAUUCCUUGAUCAGUCUUAGAGACACACUGAGAUCCUCCUCGUCACAUCUUUUUAAAACUCAGUGAAAAUAAGUUACUCUUUUGUUUGCAUUUGUUAUGUCAAAAAUCUCCAUUUCAGUACUCAUUUAAAAAGUUUUACAUUUAUAGAUAUUUCAUGGAUUGAAUUGCAAGUAGUCUUCUUCCUGAUGAUGCAUAGGGAGAGAGAUUAAUUCCAUUAGCAAACAGCAUUUGGAUUUACAUUGGGAUGGUUUUGUCUUUAUAUCCUCAACCUAAGGGCAUAGUGCCUCCCUGGCAUGUAAUAAGUGCUUAAUAACAUAAAAUCAAAUUAAGGACAUAAUAAGUGCUUAAUAAAAUGUUGUGACUACAUGACUCAAGUCAGCUUAUCAGGUGAAAACUGUAUAUAGAAAAAUUAUCCUUGUAAAGCCCAGAAGAGGGCAAAACCAAGUUCAGAGGGAGAUGCAGAGUGGGACAGCAUAUGAACUAAGUAUUGAAGUUAUUAUAUAUCCCCUCCCAACAUAAAAUGGAAUUUCCCAGUUUCAUAUAUGAUCCUCUUUGUGCGUGGAAAUGUUUGUGUUUGUUGCUAUUUGUUAAGUUCAGAAUAAUAAAUAUUUAAAUUAC